AUGUUAGAUUUAUUAGAUUACACUAUAAUUAUUGCUUAGCAUAAAUAACAUACACUAAUAAUAUAGCGGAUUACAGUUAUAAAACAACACCUCGGUAAACUGUUAAAGACUGUACCUUUACAGUUUUUAACAGUUUAUGGUGACAUUUUUAAUGCAAUCUUAAUAGACUAUAUUGUAACUGUGUUUUUAUAAUUUCUUGGUCUUCAAACAAUGACGAGUAACACAGAAGAAGAAACCGCUAUUUACAAAUUAGCCAAAUGUUUUUACAAUGGAUUCUAUACGUUUUAUUUAAGCGUAAGUUUUAAAACCGCAUGAAUUAGAGUCCUUAACAUGGUCUGCACAAGAAAAGCUUCUUAACUUAACAUUAAAUAAUAAUCUUUUAAAAAUGUAUCCAGUAAGCAGCAAUUUCUGUAGGUUAUACUUAAAAAAUAUUUUGAAAUGUUUAGAGGGAAGGCAAGAUGUUCAUGAAAACAUCUAUGACUACCUCUGUACCAUAAUGAGUAACAAACAAGGAAUAGAUGAUUUUUACUAUAGACAUUAUGUUAUUGGGAGAAAUUUUAGCCAAAUUGUUACUUUGAAGGAAUCAAAUAAUAUGGUUGUUAAUGGAACUACAGGAAUGAAAACUUGGGAGGCAGCUCGUUUAUUGACAGAUUGGAUUCUUAUGAACAAAAAAUUUUUUUAUAAUAAAAAAAUAUUAGAAUUGGGCUCUGGCAUUGGUUUUACUGGCAUAACUGUUACAAAGUUCUGUGACCCUACUUCUGUAACAUUAACUGAUUGCCAUGAAGAUGUUUUAAAUGCAAUUAAUGAAAAUAUAGUAAUAAACUUUCCUCUAACAAGUCGAAGACUAGCAAAAGAAUAUACAGAAUAUGAUGUUGAUGGCAAAUUGAUAAGAGUAAUGAUGUUAGACUGGAAUGAUAUUGAUCAAAUAGAAGUUCCAGACAUUCCAGAUAUUAUUAUAGGUGCAGAUAUAGUAUAUGAUCCAUAUAUAUUAGAGCCUCUAUGUAAGGUCCUACAAUCUUUUUUCCUGAGGAAUAAAUCCAUAAGUGCCUUCAUAGCAUGUGUUAUAAGAAAUGAAGAAACAUUUAAUAAAUUUAUCCAAACCUUAGCUGACUAUAAUAUGAAAGAAGAAAAAUUAUAUAUGCCAGAAAAUAUUAAUUUAGAGUGGGAUCCCAGAGUUAAUCAGUGUAUUGUUAAAAUAAAUUUAAAUGAUACCUAUUCCGUUUUUUUAAUAAACGCCCUGUCUAUCGCAUUUUUUUUUGGGGGACGAUGUUACGUCCGAAGGAUUUACCACCUUUCCCUAGGCCCACCAUACACGUGUCCCCUGGGUGGUGCCAAUCGAGCAACAGGCGGCAGUUAAAUAACCUGAACUGGCAAUAAAUACUCUUAA